UCCACAUCAACCACUUGGCCGUUCUUCUCGCCCUCGACGCCGCCUCCCUUCUCCUCGUUCCUCGCCCCCCCCCUCCUCGUCGUCCUCCCCCGCGGGUGCCGCCGGCGCCCGUGACGUCCGGCCAUGGGGGCGUUAACCUCGGCGGAGCUCAACUUCAUCGUCUUCCGCUACCUCCAGGAGUCCGGUUUUGUUCAUGCUGCUUUUACUUUGGGGUAUGAAGCAGGGAUCCAUAAGGGUGGGAUUGAUGGAAAUUUAGUUCCACCUGGUGCUCUUAUCACUAUUGUUCAGAAAGGCCUCCAGUACAUAGAACUGGAAGCAAAUACAGAUGAGAAUGACGAAGAGGUUGAGAAGGAUUUUGCCCUGCUUGAACCUCUGGAAAUCAUCACAAAAGAUGUUGAAGAGUUGCAACAGAUUGUGAAGAAGAGAAGAAGGGAGAGGUUUCAAAGUGACCGUGAGAAUGACAAGGGAAAAGAGAAAGACCGUAUUGAGGAGCAUGAACGACGACCUGGAGGCGAACGAGAGAAGGAUCGCCAUGACAAAGAGAAAGAGCUAGAGAGGGAGAAAGACAGAGCUGAAAGAGACAGGGAACAAGAGAAAGAGAAAGAGAAAGAAAGAGAGAAAGAAAAGCAGCAUACAGACCGCAUCGAUAAAGUUAAGAAUGAGGAAGAUAUUGUUGUUGGUGGAGGCCCCACACCAAUGGAUAUAAGUACAACUGCUCAUGAGAUUUCUAGCACCGACGUGACUGUUUUGGAAGGACACAGUUCGGAGGUUUUUGCUUGCGCAUGGAGUCCAGCUGGUUCUCUUCUAGCCUCUGGGUCAGGAGACUCAACGGCUAGAAUCUGGACGAUUCCAGAUGGUCCAUGUGGUUCCAUCAUGCAAUCAUCUCCUCCAGGUGUUCAUGUUUUGAAACAUUUUAAGGGUCGGACUAAUGAGAAGAGCAAAGAUGUCACCACACUUGACUGGAAUGGUGAAGGUUCACUAUUGGCUACAGGCUCCUACGAUGGGCAGGCAAGAAUAUGGAGUAGGGACGGAGAGUUGAAGCAGACUUUGUUCAAACACAAGGGACCCAUAUUUUCCUUGAAAUGGAAUAAGAAAGGAGAUUUUCUCCUAAGUGGGAGCGUUGAUAAAACUGCGAUUGUGUGGGAUACAAAGACAUGGGAGUGUAAGCAGCAAUUUGAAUUUCAUUCAGCUCCAACACUCGAUGUUGAUUGGAGGAACAAUAACUCUUUUGCGACGUGCUCAACCGACAACAUGAUCUAUGUUUGCAAGAUUGGGGAACCACGUCCAGUUAAAGCAUUCAGUGGUCAUCAGAGUGAAGUUAAUGCUAUCAAGUGGGAUCCAACUGGUUCUUUGCUGGCUUCAUGCUCUGAUGAUUGGACAGCAAAGAUAUGGAGUAUGAAGCAGGACAAAUGUGUAUAUGAUUUUAAGGAGCAUACCAAGGAAAUAUACACUAUUAGAUGGAGCCCAACAGGCUCAGGAACAAAUAAUCCGAAUCAACAGUUGCUUUUGGCAAGCGCGUCUUUUGAUUCUACUAUCAAACUUUGGGAAGUAGAGCAAGGGCGCCUUUUGUACAGCUUGGCUGGCCAUAGGCAACCAGUGUAUUCUGUUGCAUUUAGCCCUGAUGGUGAAUACUUAGCAAGUGGAUCCCUGGAUCAAUGCCUACACAUAUGGUCAGUGAAAGAAGGCAGGAUCCUGAAGACAUACAGAGGGACUGGUGGCAUUUUCGAAGUGUGCUGGAACAAAGAAGGCAGCAAGAUCGCAGCCUGUUUCUCGAACAACACCGUCUGUGUCAUGGAUUUCAGGAUGUAAUCCAAUCAGUAGGGUAAAAUAUCUGGCCGCAAGGCUGGAUCAUCUAUUCUUCCCAGGGGGAACAUGGGAAGAGCGGAAUUGUUAACUUACUGUAGAUUUUAGGUCGCUUUAGCUUCCCAGUCCUUGUACAGUUCUCUCUUUUUCCCUAGUGAAACUGACUGUAGAGUAGUUAUGUAGUAGCAUAAAAGCCACGAAAAUGUUAUGGUGGUACAAGGCCCAUCAUCCUUCUGAGCACAUUGCAUACAUGGGAGCCAGCUUAUGAAGGGAUGGAUUCUUGCAUACACAUUUGCGCAAUGCUCAUACCUAGAUGGCUUAUGGUUGACUGUGAGUAGUGAGUUUUCUUCAGUGUCAAAUGGCAGGCAGCUUGAGAUUGUCUGGAACAUUUCGAAUAAUCUGUAAUCUUAUGCCAGUUAUAUCUUUUUUUUUUAAGAGGA